GACAAGUAAGGUAAUGUAUAAUGGUAUUGGUGAGGCACAGGUAUAGACCCUGCGGCCGUACCAUACCAAUACCAUUACCAUACUUGCAAAUCCUAAUUAACAUCUUAAAACCAAAUCAAUUAUAUUAAUCAAGGGUUUGGUUUUUCUUCUCGAAUAUCCUCAAUCCUCAUCCUCUCUGUACUAUCCUCUUCUCCAUUAUCCACAACUUUCCACCCUUAAUCGAUCAAUCUCCAUAUCCAUACCUCAGAUCUACGUCGUUUUUAUCACUGCUACUCAUUCGUCGUUUCGAUCUACUCCUUGCCUUUUCCCUUUAGAGUAAUUUAGAUCUCUUGAUGUUACAUUAGAACCUAACCUGUAGUUCUCCCAAAGCCUAAGCAUCAGAACAAGGAAUCUUCCCAGAUUCUUUUUCUGUGCUCAUUAGCCUUUCAUAGAGAAGCAGAAGAAAUUCCUUUUCAACUCAUCUUAUAUAAUCAAUCUCCGAUCGCUUUUCCUCAAUCUCUUUGCACUGGUCCACGCGCUCGCUUCGGAUAUGGAUUUGGACGAUUUCCGAUCCAUAUUGGACACCUCGGGCGUCGACGUCUGGAUGUUCAUAGAUGCCGCAAUCGCCGUCGCCUCCGCGGACUGCGCUGCCGAAUUGAAGCGCCGCCGCGACUCCAUCGUGGAAAGCCUCUACUCCGCCACGGCCGCGCCUCCGCAGUGCCGCAAUUGUGGCGACGGCCACCGCCUCAGGCCCAACGGCCACCAAGUCGCGAAGCAGAACAGCCCUAGCCCUAGCCCCGAACGGCAACCUCAGCGACGCGCCGCCGCCGCAGCCAAUUCCCCCGUGACGCCGCAGUCUCUGGAAAACGAUGACGGCGGCGAGGAGUUGGAUCCUUACGGUGGUUUGUUCGACGACGAACAGAAGAAGAUUCUAGAUAUUAAAGAGCAACUCGAAGAGCCUGACCAGUCUGAAGAUUCCUUGGUAGAGUUGCUGCAAAGCCUUGCGGACAUGGAUAUUACAUUCCAAGCUUUGAAGGAGACUGACAUCGGGAGGCACGUGAAUCGGUUACGGAAGCAUCCUUCAAACGACGUUCGUCGAUUGGUGAAGCUGCUUGUCAGGAAGUGGAAGGAAAUUGUGGAUGAGUGGGUGAAGUUGAAUCCACAAGGAGGAAGCAACACUCUGAUGGCUGAUGGAGACUCGCCUGUGCAGAAAACCACCCAAAAUGGGCAUCAUCAUCAGGUUGAGAUUCCUGAUUUUGCAUACUCGCCAAAUCCACACAAUGGGAGCUCAGGUUCUGACCGUAACAACUCAGAAGCAGAACAUAAACCGAAGGUAAUUCCGCGCAGUGAACCUCGGCCAAAACCCACGCCAGCACCGUCAGUUUCAACUCCUGCUUCCGCUUCUCAAAACAGACAAAGGCAGAGCAGUUUUGACGCGGAGAGGCUUGCUUCUGCCAGAAGGCGGCUUCAAGAGAACUACAAAGAGGCUGAAAAUGCCAAAAGGCAAAGAACUAUUCAGGUUAUGGACAUCAAUGAGUUACCAAAGUCAAAACCCAAGAAUGCCUUCUUUGGGAAGAACAAAGGUGGUGGUGGUUCUCAGGGAAGGCACUGGUGAUGAUAGUGAAGCACGUAUCCAUUGUUGAUGGUGCCAUUUUGCGUGUAAAAAAACACAGCCUUGUGGCGGUGCCGGAUAAGUCCCAAAUCCUGUUCAUCAUCCAUGUGGAUUUUUCCUCCGCUCAUAAACUUUUUUUUUUCCUUGUGGUUUUUAUUUAAGUUAAUAAUAACCGAAGAAAAGAACUCCUCAAUAUUUUUUUCUUGAAAGGGGGUCGAACCCGCGUUUGUCGGUUUGUUGAGGAGCACGUGAUUUCAGGAAAGAAGAUAGGGAUGGUACGGGGGGCAGGGCUAAAAGAGGGUUUUCCUUAUGGUUACAAAACAUCGUUUUUGAGGGUGAAGUUUGAAUUCUGGUACAUUAGGUUUUAGGGAUGGUUUACUCCAUUAAUUGCAAUUUUUUCUUGAAGAAAAACAACAAACGGAAGUCAAGAAGUGAUAACAGUAUAUGCAUUUGCUCCGGGUGGGUGGGAAUUAGUUGGGUGGAUUAAUGAUGGGGUCUUGAGUCUUAAGCUUUAGGAUGUUGACACCUUCACAACCUGCUUAAUGAGUUCGAAUCCUUUUGCCGUAAAAAAUGUGUUUUAUUUGGUGCAGCAAGCCAUUUACGACCUUUGUCUAAUAAUUGAAACACCACAAAUGGACAAAAAGCCUUACGUUAUGGGAUACUUCUGUCAAUAGAAAAUUCUUCUAAUGAUC